AUGCACACCAUCCUCAGUUUGUUUCUCACCUCGCUCUUGGUGACUAUCGCUCAGUCAACCACCCCCACCCUUGCUGGAGAUAUUGACAUCAUCGAACGAGAUGUGGCCAUCAUCGGCGGAGGCGCAGGAGGCACCUACUGCGCCAUCAGCCUCCAAGACCAAGCCAAGUCCGUCAUCGUGAUCGAUAAGGAAUACCGACUCGGGGGCCACGUCGAGACCUACGUGGACCCCGGGACAGGCAUUGCAAUGGACUAUGGAGUCGCACUCUUCGAGAACACCUCCGUGGUCAACGACUACUUCGCGCGCUUUGACAUCCCCCUAGUCAAGAUCAGCCAGUUCAACAUCACCUGGUCCACCUACGACUUCCGCACCGGAAAGGCAGCGGUCCUCAGCUACAACCCGUCGCGCGAGGAGGUGCUGGCCGCGUUCGCGACCUACUUUGCCCAGCUGGCGCGAUACCCCGAGCUGGAGCAGGGGAUCUUUCUUUCGAAUCCCAUCCCCGAGGACCUGUGCAUGCCGUUCGGGCGGUUCGUGGACAAGUACAAGAUCCACGCGGCGGUGCCGACCAUGUUCCUGCUCAACGCGGGGAAACUCCUGAUCGCCAUCCCCCCCAACCCCUCCCUCCUCGACCCCUGGCUCCGCCUCAACCCGACCGAACACUCCCUCUUCACCCGCUACAUCAGCACAGGCCUGUACGUGGGCCUCGUCAACGGCACGCGCCUCCCGCCCACCGCGGGCAUCCUCAACCUCGCCCCCAACCACACCAUGUACUCCUUCUCCUACCUGCCGGACACGUACAGCCUGAUCCCCGCCCGCUUGCCCGGGUUGAAGCUCGCCACCUACGGCAGUCUGCAGACCACCGACCCGUUCCCGAUCAGCGAGGCAGCCGUCCGCCACCACAUGCUGGACGAUAUCCGGCGGAUCCACCGGGAGAACCCGGACCGGUUCCCGGGGACGAACGAGCCGGCGUUCGUGGCCUUCGCGGCCCAUGCGCCGUAUAACCUGCAGGUGUCGGGGGAGGACAUCGAGAAUGGGUUCUAUGAGAGGCUGUAUGCGCUGCAGGGCGAGAUGAAUACGUUUUGGACCGGGUCGGCGUGGGCGGCGGAUAUUAGUGGUGAUAUUUGGAAGGUUUCGAGGGGGGUGGUCUUGCCGAUGCUGGUGGGGGAGUUGUGA